ACUCGGGUAGCGAAACGGAGGCGAUUGCCAGAGACCCGAGUCCACUAAGUCCGCCUCUCUCUCCCCAUUAUUAGUUCCUAGUGCGUCCUCUGACCCAUGAAUCUGUUGCGUUGGAUCGAUCUGACAACUUCGGGGCAAAGGCAAGAUUUGCUGCUGGGAAGAUAGUUUCUGUUGCUCCCAAGGGAGUCUCCAAUUAUAGUGAGAGAAAGGGAGAAGAAAGACGUGGGAUGAGAUGAAACCGAGGCCUCAGGCAGAUCAAGAGGAGGUGGAUUACUUCCCCACGACGCCGAGGAAGGACCAGUCGAUCAGAUGGCUGGUGAAGCUCGUGACGUUUCUAGUCGUGUUCAUGGCCGGCGUCGUGCUGGGCUUGUCGGUAUCAGCACACUACACUCGGCACUACAACUCGCGGACCGAGCUCUUCUUCCCGAGGGCAACUUACGCGGGGAACUGCGACAAAGAGAGUUUGAGCAUCAAGAGGUUCGUGCAGCCAACCUGUUCGAUGCAUGGCAUGAGUGACGACGAGCUCUUCUGGAGGGCGACGGUGGUGCCAAUAAUGGCGGAGUAUCCGUUUGAGAGGGUGCCGAAGGUGGCAUUCUUGUUCAUGACGAAGGGACCUCUGCCUUUUGUGCCGCUCUGGGACAGGUUUUUCAAAGGCCACAGAGGGCUGUACUCCAUUUACGUGCACACGCUUCCAGAUUACAAGCUCAGUGUCCCUGAGACUUCUGCUUUCUAUGGCAGGCAGAUCCCGAGCCAGGAGGUCUCAUGGGGAUCAAUAACACUUUUAGAUGCUGAGAAGCGACUUCUGGCGAAUGCCUUGUUGGAUUUCUCCAACGAGCGCUUUGUUUUGCUCUCUGAGAGUUGCAUUCCAGUAUAUAGUUUCCCUACCGUCUAUGAAUACCUCGUGAAUUCUGCCCACAGCUUUGUUGACUCCUACGACAAAGACAUACAACAGGCCCGCGGUCGCUAUAACUGGCGCAUGAGUCCCAAGAUCAAGCUGUCCCAGUGGAGGAAAGGUUCAGAGUGGUUUGAGCUCAACCGUGGAUUGGCCAUCGAUAUAGUUGCAGAGCACACGUACUACUCCCUUUUCAGGAAGUACUGCAAGCCUUCCUGCUACCCCGACGAGCACUAUAUUCCAACUUAUCUGAACAUGUUCCAUGGGUCUCUGAAUGCGAACCGGAGUGUGACUUGGGUUGAUUGGUCCAGGGGAGGAUCUCAUCCGGCACGGUAUGGUGCUGCAAACAUCACCGUGGAGUUCAUCCAAUCCAUCAGAAACAAUGGCACCUCCUGCAUGUACAACUCAAGGUCGACAUCUGUUUGCUUCCUCUUUGCAAGGAAGUUUGCUCCGAGUGCCUUGGCCCCCUUGCUCAACGUUUCUUCAACAGUUAUGGGAUUCUGAAGUCAUGCCAUCUACUCCGCAAUCUGUAGAAGUGAUCAGUGUUACUCCAAGGCAACUUCUCCUCCAAGGGCUGGGAUCGAGGUGGCUCAUGGAAGAGCUUUACUGGCUGUUGGUUCUAAGAAUUGCUUUACUGGCUGUCUCCCCCCAACUACCCCUCAAUCUCUGGUGAUGAUCUGUGUUACUUCAAGGCGAUUCUUCUCGGAGGAUGGAAGGGUAUUACUGGUAGAAGGUUUGCAGACCAAGAUAUGAUCAUUCUUCCAACUCUCUUAGUUACUUACAUAAAGAUAACGAAAGGGACCUGCAGUGCCAUUCAAGGUUUUGUAUGGAAGAUUUUAGUCUAUUUGUUUAUACACGGAGUUGUUAGUGUCAACUCAUUACACACUUCAUUAUAAGUGCAAGUGGGAUUCAAACUCUA